UAAAAUUUGACCAAUUUGGAACUACGAACGGGAACGGCUUUUCUAAAUGUUUAUGCUAUGCAAAUCGCCCACAUAAAUGCAUGACAAAUGUGCUGACGUUGGCACAAGCCAAUAUCAUGGAAGGAAGUUGGAUUUGGGAUGGCUGCUAAAGACCUACCCUUAUUUAAAAAAAAUAUUUCAUAAGAUAAAAAUAGAAACAGUACACAUGUUUCGUGCACAAUCUGUCACGAACAUAAAGAUGAAGCUUCCAGAGUAGCCAGAAAUGGGACUGUUCCGAUUGCCUCAGGAGUUGGAGCAGAUGGUGUGCAAAGGCUACAGCAGAUUAUUGAUCAUAUUGAUUCCAACGUCCACGCCGCUGCCAUGAAUGCAAAGAAAGCGGCGAAAUUAUGGAAGCAGCAAUCCGACAAACUCCCUUGGGUUAAAACUUUAAAAAAGCAUAGAGCAAUGGUUGUCCACGACUUAAUUGGCUUAUGCAUUGACGUUUACAACGAUUCUUUGCUUGAAACGCCCACUGCUCGUACUUGGCCAGCUCGUUCAUUGGCAGCAAUGCGUGCUAAAUCAAUACAAUGCCAGCUGAAUGAUUCGAAUGACUGGGAAAUUCAGCUGGAUGAGUUUCAGCCCCGUGGUUCUGCACUUCAUUACAGGGAUGACGUCGUUUAUGCUGAAAUGCUUCACGUUAUUGGAGAUACAGAGAAGAAGAAACUUCGUGACGAGUUUAAAUCGGCUGGAAGUGUAGAUCGUGGUAAUCAAGACAUGAAGUACGUUGUUGCUAAGUAUGUUACCAAGGAUCAACCUACAGUACUCCGCAGUCGUUUCAGAGGAAUUAGUCAGCCAGAAUCGAAAGGAGCCAAAGGAAUGCUCGAGGCGACGGUCAACACUUGUGAAAAAUCUUUUAAUUAUUAGUUGGCGUCACAACUGAUGGAGAAGCUGCCAAUACUGGAAGAGAAAGUGGCCUUUGGAAAUUGCUUAUCUAGGACAUAAACUACUAACUGUAUGGUGUUACUGUUAUCGAUCUGACCUAGCAAUGGAAUCGGCCUUAGAAUUCGUUCCUGAACUAAAAAUGUGGAUGAGUAAUAUAACAGGAACUUCGAGGUAUUUUCGAACCUCUCCCACAAAACUGAAGAAAAUGUAACAAAUGUUUCCCGAAUAUCUGUCAUUCCCAGUUUUGGCAAGAAUUGAGAGCCGACCCGGAACCUUCCAUGCGUCGUGAAAAAGCUACUGCAGCAAGAAUGCUCAAGACAUGGGAUAGUGAGAAUUCUCUCCAACGGAAGCAAACGUGUUUGAUGGCAGACAUUACUCCCAUUUUACAAACCUUGCAGAAACAUCUCCAGAAGGGAGAUUUAAUCUUGCCUGACGUAAUAACUGUAAGAAACAACGCGAAAAUUACUGUUGAUGGUAGACAACCCGUUUCAUGGGGCUACGAAGAAAAGCUGGUGAAUGAUGAAGCGUCGGGUGAGGGUGAGCAAAACUUGGCAAGGAAGAGGCGAAAAAUUGGUAACAUGUUCGUUACCACUGGCGUCCGAGAAUGGUCGGCAGUCAGGAAAGAAGUGGUUUUGUCCUUCAUAAAUUUUUUGAAGGAACGUUUAAAUAUUGAAGAAAGCAGCGUUAUGAAAGCGUUCACUUUGUUCUUAAACGCCAAGACCCCUAAGGAG